GCUAGAUGGAUGCAGAGCCCAAGUACACAGUCCCGGCCUACUCCUAAACAUUUCCUAACGUUGGAGAGACAGAGCCCAAAGGAGGAACACGGAUAGCGAGGAGAAGCCUUCCUUGCCUGAUUGCUCGAGGGCCACCGAAUCGUCGUCGUGAAAAUAGCCAUUUUUUUCUCCCAUUUUUUUUUUUUAUUUUUUUUAUUUUUUUAUUAUCAAUAUGCAAUUUCAAAUACCCAGAUGGCGAAACCUGGCGGUGGUGAAAAAUUCAUUGAUUUCAUCAACAAAACCAGCAACCCUUUUUGCUUCCUUUCAUUCUACCCCUACUUCAUGUCAAAAGUGGAGCAACAAGUGGAAGUCUGAUAUAAGAGGAGGUCAGGAACCAACUAAGGAGAACAUUGAUUCCCAAGACACUCAACUCCAACCUCAAACGGAAUUCACUACUAAAAGAACUCAAGGGAAAGGAACCUUUGGUGUAGAACAAGACAACGUACUAGUAUCGGCUUGGCUCACUACUAGUAUGGAUGCAAUUCAUGGUAUCAACCAAAAAGCCUCAAAAUUUUGGAUGAGAGUUCAUGCGGAGUAUGAUGAACAUAAGAAGCCUAACUUUUGUGAACGCUCCGUGAACUCUCUAACGAAUUGGUGGUCAACGAUUCAAGUUGCCACCAAGAAGUUUUGUAGAUGCUUAGCUCAAAUCGAAGCAAGGUAUCCAAGUGGUGUUACCGAACAAGACAAGAUUGAGGAAGCGAAUGUGAUGUAUCACAACAUCCAUGGUGGCUCAUUUAAUUUUGAACAUUGUUGGAAUACAUUGAGAUUUCAUCCAAAAUGGAAACGAAUUGUGGUUGAAGGAGUCAAAAAAAAGAAAAGGAAAUCACUUGCACAAGAACCUUCUUAUACUCUAGAUUCGAUACAUUUAGGGGACGACAAUGGGUCUCCAUCAGUGGUUGUAGAAUUGGAGAGGCUAAUUGGCAAGAAGGCCCAAAAAGAGAGAGAGAACACGAAGGAGGCAAGAUCAUAUGUCUACGAAUUCUUACGGAGGUAGUUAAUGAUAUGAAGGAACAAAAGAAGAAAUCUCAUGAUCAGAGAAUUGAAGAACGUCAAGAGUAUAUUCGUCUUACAAAAGAAAGGCUUGUGUUUGAGCAAUCGAGAGAAGAAAGGGAAAAAGAGGCUGAUCUUAGUAAAAAAAGGCUUGAGAUGGAGCAAUCAAGAGAGGUAAAGGAACAAAAGGCUAAUCUUCUUAAUAAAAAAAGGCUUGAGAUGGAGCAAUCGAGAGAGGACAGGGAAAUUAUGAGUAUAGAUACAAGCAACAUGUCUCAAAUGAAAAAAAUUAUAUUUUUGUUCACGUCAAAUGGAAAUCAUUGAAAAACAUACGGUCAUUCCCAUUUGAGAUUGACUAAAUAUUUUUACAUGUGUUUGAUGUAUUUUGUUGAAAGUCUAUUUUGUGGACUAAAUAGUUAGUUUGGUUAGUGAAAGAUGUAUUUUUUGGGCUGUAUCUUUUCCUUGAUUUUCAUAGACAGAUCUGGGUUUGGUUAGUGAAAGAUGUUA